AUGAUACCGGCUCUCACUCCCGAAGAACGGCAGAAGUUGCGCAGCGCAAUACUACAUCGAAUGCAGCUGGAACUGGAAACAACAGAAAAACUGAUCGAAAAUAUUAAAGAGGAGACGUUAAAGAAACUAAAUCUGCUCCAGCAGCCUGAUGCAACAUCAGCGCCUCAAUCAAAGGAACUAAUCAGAGAGGUGCUUGAACAGGAAGGACGCCGUAUAGAAUGA